UCAUCCUUGCCAUCCUCGCCCUCUUCCAACUCCCCUUUCGAAAAUGGAGUCAUGUUGUACAUGCUUUAUUUAAGCAACGAGGAACUACAGAGGUUCAAGCAGCUUUUAGUGGAGGAGAACCCCAGACCUGGCCCCAUCCAGAUCACCUGGGACCAGGUGAAGACAGCCAGAUGGGGGGAGGUAGUUCAUCUUUUGAUAGAGUCCUUCCCUGGACGACUAGCUUGGGAUGUGACUCACGACAUCUUUGCCAAGAUGAACCAGACAGAACUGUGUCUUCGGGUACAAAUGGAGCUAAAUGAACUUCUACCUCACUUGGAGCCAGAGGACUUGUACCAAAGAGGAACAGAAAUGAAUCUGGAGGAAGAAGACUCUGAUGGACUCCGUGAAUACAGACUGCAUGUGAUGGACCAGUCUUCCGCCCUGUGGGACAAGACAUCGUGGCCCAGGAACCACGUGGACUUCUUUUACCAAGACAUUCACAGGCACAACGGACUUUUACCAUGUCUGUUUCUUCCCAGGAGACCUCAAGGUCGACAGCCCAAGACUGUCAUCCUCCAGGGAGUUGCUGGGGUUGGGAAAACAACCCUGGCCCAGAAGAUGAUGUUGGAGUGGGCAGAAAACAAGUUCUACUCCCACAAGGUCUGGUACACUUUCUAUGUCCACUGCCGGGAAAUGGCCCAGGUGGACCGGCAGAGCUUGUCUGAGCUGAUGGCACGCAAGUGGCCCGGGUCUCAAGCUCUGGUGUCUAAGGUGAUGUCCAAGCCAGAACAACUGCUGCUCCUCCUUGACGGCUUCGAGGAAGUGACAUUAACCCUCACGGACAGACCAGAGGACCUGAGUGAAGACUGGAGCCAGAAGUUGCCUGCGUCUGUCCUCCUGGCCAGUGUGCUGAGCAAAAGGAUGCUUCCUGAGGCCACGCUCCUGGUCCUCCUGAGGGUCUCCUCCUACAGGACCCUCAAGCCCUUUCUGAAAUGUCCCUCUUUUAUCACCCUUACAGGGUUCAGUGUGGCUGAAAGAGCUCAGUAUUUCAGGACGUAUUUCAGAAACAAGAGGCAGGCUGACGAAGCCUUGGGUUUUGUUGCAGGGAACACGAUCCUCUUCUCCAUGUGCCAGGUGCCUGUGGUUUGUUGGAUGGUGUGUUUGUGUCUGAAACAUCAGAUAGAGAGAGGAGCCAGUCUCGCCCACGUGUAUCCGAACGCCACAGCUGUCUUUGCCCAGUAUCUGUCUAGCGUGUUUCCAACCAAGGUUGAAAGCCUUGCCAAUGAGAGUCACCAAGAACAACUGAAAGGCCUGUGUCAAGUGGCGGCAGAAGGUAUGUGGAACAUACGAUGGGUGUUUGAUAAGAAAGACCUUGAGCGGGCCAAGCUGGAUGAGGCGGCCGUGGCUACUCUCCUCAAUGCAAAUAUUUUUCGAAGGGUGGCAGGGGGAGAAGACCACUAUGCCUUCACCCUCUUGAGCUUCCAGGAAUUUUUUGCAGCCUUGUUGUAUGUCCUUCACUUCCCACAAAAACUCUGCAAUUUCCAGGUGUUGGACUACGCUCAGGCCAUACGCCUGAUGUCACAUACUGGAAGAAAGAGAAAUCACCUCACUUACAUGGGGCUUUUCCUGUUUGGCCUUUUAAAUGAGAGGUGUGCUCGCGCUGUGGAGCUGUCCUUUGGAUGCAGGGUGUCCUUGGAGAAUAAAAAGAAACUGCUGAAAGUCGCAGCCCUGUCACUUACCGCGCACCACCGGGUCCCACAAUUAUUCUACUGUCUGCACGAAAUCCAGGAGGAGGCAUUUGUGAGUCACACCCUACAUGAUUGUCAUAAAGCAACUUUGGUCAUUAGCAAGAAGAAAGACAUGCAAGUGUCUGCUUUCUGCCUCAAGCACUGUCAACAUUUGCGGGAAAUGGAACUGACUGUGACCCUGACCGUCACCAAAGCGUGCAGUCUCGGCUCAGACCCCCUUUCUUGCCCUGAACCAGAAGGCAGCAAUCGAUGUUUCCUCUGGUGGCAAGACCUGUGCUCUGUGUUUAGGACACAUAGGAAUUUGGAAGUCCUGGCUGUGACAAACAGCUUUAUGGAGCCUGAUGCGGUGAAGGUUCUUUCCACAGCCCUGAAACACCCUGCAUGUAAGCUACGAAAACUGAUCUUUAGGCAUGUGAAAUCUUCCCUAUUGACUGAAGACUUGAUGCAAGUUUUGAUGAAAAACCAGUAUCUGAGAUACUUGGAAAUACAAGGCACAGAAGUGGGACACGAGGCCAUGGAAACUCUAUGCAUGGCCUUGACAUGCUGGCAGUGCUGUCUGCAGUGUCUGAGGUUGGAAGACUGCUCAAUCACCCCCAAAAGUUUGCUUGAUCUUGCCAGGAAUCUCAAAAGUAACCCACACCUGAAGACUCUAAUGCUAAGAAGUAGCUCCCUGAUGAACUCUGGGAUAUAUUACCUAUCAUUGGCCCAACUAGAGAGACUAUCGCUGGAGAACUGUGACACCACAUUGCUCUGCUGUAACAGUCUCGUUUUGCCUCUCAAGAAUCCCAACAAUAUGCUGACCCACCUGAGUUUGGCAGAAAAUGCCUUGACGGACGAAGGGGCAAAACAACUUUUGAGUGCCUUACGACACAGCAAGUAUCCUCUGCAGAGGCUCGUGCUGAGAAAUUGUGCCCUGACCUCUGACUGCUGUCAGGAUAUGGCGUCUGUUCUUGAUAAAAACAAAAACCUGAGAAGUCUGGACCUGGGUUUUAACAGCCUGAAGGAUGAAGGGGUUAUCCUGCUCUGUAAGGGCCUGAUGAACCCUGACUCUGGACUACAGAUUCUUGAGCUGGAUGGGUGCCUGUUCACCUGCAUCUGCUGCCAGGCCAUGGCUUCCAUGCUCCUCAACCACCAAUGUCUGAGGUAUCUCGACUUGAGCAAGAAUGACAUUGGGCCCAGUGGCAUGGUGCUCUUGCGUGAGACCUUUCAGAAGCGGAGAUUGAGAGCAAAGGUCGUUCUGGAGAAGAAACAGAGUUGUAGAGUGGAUAUGAUGACAAGGCUGGAGGGCCCACAAGUGAAAAAUGAAAUCCUGAAGAUAAUAAAGGACUAGAAUGCUGAGGGCAGUAUGGAUGAAUUGAGCCAGUGACCCCGUGGAGA